AUGAAAUUGGUCGGACAUGAAGGGAUCCUAUUUGGUAUCCGAUGGAGCAAUGAUGGCAAGGCUGUCUGCACCGUGAGCGAUGAUCGAACUAUCCGUGUAUGGGACAUUUCACAUCCUACUAUCAUACAUUCAACCCAUUAUGGUCAUACAGCUCGUGUUUGGGAUUGUCAGAUUGUAGGUCAAUACAUGAUUUCAAUCUCAGAAGAUGCAUCAUGUCGAAUCUGGAGAAACCCAUUGUUGACAAACUUGAGUAGUGUAGAUGAUAUGUCGGAUUGUUUGGCUUGCUGGGAAGGACAUGAAGGCAAGAAUGCGUGGAGUGUUACAGUCUCUGACGAUGGCGUUGUUGCCACUGGUGGAGGAGAUGGAGGUAUUCAUCUCUGGAGGCUAGAUAGUAUCGUUGCUGGCUCAGCAGAUGCUGAGCAGAAUACUAGAGACAUUGAUCUUCCAGAGGUCACAACUUAUUUACCUGAAGCUACACCGAAUGAGAAGGAGUUCGUACGCGAUUAUGCCAUCAUUUCGCCCGUCGAGUCCAUCUACGCCACCAAUACAGGAUACAUUCUGGUUCGUAACGACGAGUCCGGUGCUUGGAAUACGAUUUACAAUUCAUCUCUUCUCAAAAAUUAUGUUAGUUUGGAGUCAUCACAUUGCGGACGGAUUGCCGUGGCAGGAUGCCUAUCAGGAAAGAUGAUAAUUAUCAGUCUCCGAAAUGAAUUUGAAGCGCUGAUAGCAGACACCUUAAAUGGCAUCAAGAUUCAAUUUAUCUUUGUGCUUUCCGGAACAAGUCUCAAUGACUUCAGGAUUGUUGUCUUUAGGGCCAAUUGUACCGUGGGCGUUUUCCGCGUAGAGAUAUUGAAAGAUGGUUCAACAGCCAUAUGCUCGUAUAUAUGCGAUCUUAAGUUGCCAAAAACAAACAAAGCGAUCCAUGCAGCGUAUUAUUCUCCAGUAUAUAACCUUGUGUUACUGGGGUCAAGGGAUGGCGCUGUCAUAGUCUAUAGUUUAGAUGGCGCUGAAAAUGAGCCUGUAGAAUCAAAGUUAUUGGAUAAUAUUGUAUUAUUGGAAAGAUGCCAUGGAAAUGAUUCAGUGUCAAGUAUUCUGAUGAUUACAGAGCCGGGCGAGGGAUGCGAAGGCAGAGAUCGUAUUAAUGUAUAUACGACAGGUCGUGAUGGCAGUUGGGUCAAGUAUCGAUUCUUGGGAUUGCCGGGUGGUGAAGUCAUUGGGGCUAAAUCUGCUAAUGAGCGUGGGAAGAUGAUUGAUGACGAUGGUGGAUCAGACAGUGAACUCGAGGACAAUGGUAUGAUCAACACUGGUAACGGCCCUAAUCUUCAGGCUACUACCGGAAGAUCUUCAACCCCUGAUGGUAAUCAGAAUAGUGAUACUUCAAGAAUUGUCCUGCAGAAAAUCUUUAGAUCAAAAAUUACCAAAGGCUGGCUGGAGAAUAUUUUUAUAAUGGAUGGAGAAUUGCUUCUACUUGGCUUCUUUAAUAAGAAACUGUUUGUCUACAACGAAUCCAAGCAUUUCGAGAUUUUUUCAAUGCACAGUGGAGCAGCAAAUCGCAGGCGAUGGAGAUUCCUAACUAAUAACGCACGGUUAGAGCACACACGUCUCAUGUUCUACAGUGGAUACAAAAUUCGUAGCUUUACAAGGAAGCUCACAGCUGGAUCAGAGCUCUUCCAGAGUGCGAAGCCCCAGAACAACUUUCAUGGACGUGAGGUACGCCAUUUGCGGUUCCUGACUAAUGCUCCCCCAUUAACUGAAGGUGCUCCCGCACCCAUUAUUAUUGCUUCUGGAGGAGAGGACUGCCGACUGCGGAUGUUUCAAUAUAUCCCAUAUAAAACUACAACGUCGUGUACUGCAUUGAGACCUCUCUGUAACCUCAAGCCUCAUUUGGGAGCUGCAAUUCGAUGCCUCGAAUGGAGCCAUACAGAGCAGUCUCACUCCUACUUAUUGUUUACAGGAGGUGCAAUUGAAUCCAUGCGUGCUUGGCAAGUUACUAUGAGCAUUCCCAACAGCUAUCAGGUAGAGACAACCGAAGAUUACACCGGUAAAAAAGUUCCAGAGCAUACACCAUUGUCUCUAGGAUGUUUUGAGUUAGCGCAGUGUCCACAUGUUAGUGAGAGCCUAGAAACCAGAAUUAUGGACCUUUCGGUUUUCCGUUUGAAUCCCCAUCCACGGAUGCACUUUAUUGUAUCUGUGUAUUCCGAUGCUGCUAUUCGUGUCUGGUUGUUUGAUGAAGUAACCAAUAGUUUCGUGCUGGCAAUCGAUGCUAGCUAUCAUGGCAAAUGUAUCCUACAGGUAUCUCAUAUCAUCGUCGGAGAAGGUGUUAUGAUUUUAACAGCCGCGACCGAUGGUAAGAUAGCGGCUUGGGAUAUAACUAAAGCUCUUUACGCUUUCUUGGAGAAAUACGAUGCAGAUGAAAACAAAGUUGUGCGACCUCACAGUCCUUCAUAUGGCAAAUGCAAAGUAAAGCUAUACAAGGACUAUAUGCAAAAAGUAGAGCGUCCGAUUGUAGAAGUUACAGUACACAUGUCUGGCGUCAACAGCCUUUUCGCUCAGAACUUGAGUCUUCACUCUGGAAAGCAGGGACAAGAACAGGAGGAGAUUUUGGUUGUUUCAGGAGGAGAUGAUAAUGCACUAGCUGUGACAUCCUUCAGGAUGAUGUGGAAUCCAGCUAUGCAAACUAUCGAAGUACAUUCAGUAGAUAGGGUUGCUCGCAACGAUUAUGCGCAUGGCUCGGCUAUCCAAGCUGUAUCCUUGAUCAAUGCGUCAGAAAUUGUCACGACGAGUCAGGAUCAAAUGAUUACCCUGUGGCGCCUGGAUCGACCAAAAAUUGGGACUGUAAUUGGCAAUGGAUCUGCCGCAGCGACGUUAGUGAAGCAAGAGACACAGUUUGUGCAUGUUCCUGAUCCAUCAACUAUGGAUGUUCUUCUGCCGGGGGUCAAUAGAGACAAGCACACCGUUGCUAUUUCUGGAAUCGGUGUCCAGAUAUUUGAAAUUGGUGCUAAAUAA